AUGAGAGGCAAGCUGGACACUGAGGCGUACCUGGAGCGCAGCGGCGUCAACUGGACCUCCAUCCGCCCCGUCUACAUCUACGGCCCCCUCAACUACAACCCCGUGGAGGAGUGGUUCUUCCACAGGCUCAAGGCUGGCCGCCCGAUCCCUGUCCCCGGCAGCGGCCUGCAGGUGACCCAGCUGGGCCACGUGAAGGACCUCUCUGACGCCUUCGUGGCCGCCCUCGGCAACCCCAAGGCCUCCCGCGAGGUCUUCAACAUCAGCGGUGAGCGGUUUGUGACGUUUGACGGCAUCGCCAAGGCGUGCGCCAAGGCCAUGGGCGCCCCCGAGCCUGAGCUGGUGCACUUCAACGCCAAGGACUUCGACUUUGGCAAGAAGAAGGCGUUCCCCAUGCGCGACCAGCACUUCUUUGCGUCGGUGGACAAGGCCCAGGAGCUGCUGGGCUGGACCCCAAAGUUCGGCCUCGUGGACGGACUCAAGGACUCCUACUCCAAGGACUUUGGCCUGGGCCAGUUCCGCAAGGCGGCCGACUUUGAGACUGAUGACCUCAUCCUGGAGAAGCUGGGCAAGAGGGUCAGGACGUUCGCCUAG